AUGUCCGAGAAGAGACCUGUUAAAAGACUUGUCGUGCUGGUCGAUGGAUGUGAACCACGCGAGUCCAAGAAGGACACAAAUCCUUCCACCAUCCACAGAAUCAAGCAACUAGUUCACGACGGUCUUGUCAUAUCAAAUGAUAUUUCAGUAGCACAAAUUCCCAAAUAUUAUGUUGCGACUAGCAACGUCACAAAACUCAGCGACCGGUUCAGAUCACGGAGCACGACAAGCGACGACUCAAACGCCCUCAUUAAGAGAAUCGUGAAGGAUGUCUGCCUCACUCUUGAGCAGCCUGAAGACGAACUAUGGCUGUACGGUUCUGGCCAUGGAGCUUUCAUCGCUCGUGCUGUUGCUGGUAUUGUGCAUCGUAUGGGCUUACCGAGGUCACAAGCCUUCGAUGAGCUAUUUGACGCGACUAUUGGACUUAUCAAGGCGCAGAUUGAGGACGACUUCAAGAAAGGCCCUCAACUGAUGCAGAAGAUCAAAAGUGAAGCCGAUGAUCCUCCGCGGAUUCCUUUCGUUGGCUUAUUCGAUACCACCAUCCUUACCUCAAAGACAUCCUACGAUAUUUCAUUUAACCAAAGCAUCGAAACUGUUCGUCAUGCACUUGCCAUGAAUGAGAAUCGCUCCAACAGGACACCCGAGAUCUUCAAAAUCCCAGAAGAUGCAGACAUGACAAAUCGAUCGCUCAUUCAAGCCUGGUUUAUUGGUACACAUGAAGAUAUGAUUGGUGGUACAGCCCAAGACGGUAUCUCACUAUACCCACUGCAAUGGAUGAUCCUUGAGAGCAUCUACUCGGACCUGAGAGUCAACAAUAUCGGUGACUCAAAGGACAGCGACCAUCCCAUGGCGUUGGUGUUUCCCCAGUAUGCUGGAAAUCUCCCACCGUUGGAUGGAUCUGAGGAGAUUGAAUGGCGCCUUCAGUACACAAACGGACUCCGGACCAGCAUGUUCGACCUCCAGAGCGCCCACGGCAAGAAGUCAGCAGCGGGAAUUGACAUCCACGCCAUCAAACUCGAUACAGACUGCUACAAGCGUGCUGCAAAUCGCCAAGUGUUCGAUUCAAAGGGCGCAUUGAAAGGGUGGUGCGACGCUGCACCAUAUGGAAAUAUGAUCCACCCUUCGCUCUUCUGCAUUCUCGACAGAUACCCUCGGCACAACGACCUCAACAACUUCAAACUUCUCAAGAAACCAAUCUCCAACUUCCAAGAGUCAUACCUCAUCGCCGAAGAAGACGCGUUGGCUCCAUGGCUUCGGGACAUGCAGCUCGAAGCAAGCGGCGUCAAAGCCUUCCGAAUCCUCGUGUGCGGAAAGACAGGCGUCGGAAAGUCAACACUGAUCAACAAGGUGUUUGGUGUUGAGAUGACCGACGAAUCGCUCUCUUAUGAUCAAGGUGUUCACGAUAUCAACGUCGCUUUCGAAUCUCCCAAGCAUCCAGGACUUUUGAUUCACGAUUCUAGAGGUUGGCAGGCCGGUAGUGAUGCUGAGCUUGACUUGAUUGCCAAGUUUCUCAGACACCGAGCGUUUCAAGAAGAUCCCGCUGAGGCUCUGCACGUUAUCUGGUUCUGUGUUGACUCUGAUGUUUCCCGAAUCGAGGAGGCAGACAAGCGGACAUUCGCUACAAUCGCGCAGUACUCCCAUCAGGUCCCCGUUUUCGUCGUCGGCACAAAAAAGGACAAACUCACGGGCUAUCGCAAAGCACAGUAUCUAGACGAGCUUAUGGAGAAAACAGACGAUUACAAAGAAGCUAAGAGACUUGCCGAGGAAAAGGCCAACAGCGUGGCCGAGGAGCAAUUCGCCGAGCUCAGAAAUCAACUAUCCCAGAUCGAACACUACAAGGCCGACGGCUAUUGCUGCCUUUCAAAGAAUGACGAUGCUGGAGUAAGGGACCUUCUCUCCCAAACCCUCGACCUUAUCGUCGACGAACGUGUACGUCUCUUCUGUGUUGCCGCUCAAGUCGUUGAUGUUGAACAGAAGAUCAACUCAGCGAUUACAGAGUGUAUGAGACUAGGCACGCACGCGAUCCGCACCGCCGCCGUUCCCUUGCCCUGCUCAGGCAUGAUCGGAACACCCACAGUCUCGCGCCUCAUCUGCGAACACGUCCUGCAGUGCUUCGGCUUUCCCAAGGCUGCGCCCGCUGAGAUCGAGCAGAUCAUGUCGGAAAUCGUAAUGAAGAACUUCAAAGAAUACAUGAAAGUCUCCCUGUCGCAGUUUGCCGCUGUUAGUGUGGUUGCUGUGGGCGUCGCGGUACCAACGCUGGGUAUCGGUGUUAUUGUUGGUGCUGCAGGAUGUAUCCUUGGACUUCCACCAACAGCGAGGAUGCUGCUCAAGUGCUCUUGCGACAUGAUUCUUAUUCUCGAGCGCUCGUUCCGGUAUGAUGGGAAAUACGUGUCCAUCAAGCAGAUUGAAGACGCAGCAAAGUACUACGCGAAAACGACUAUCACAACGUUUAAUGGAAAGGAGAAAAGGCUGCAGCAACAGGUGCACGACGAGAUCGAUCAGAUGAUUCCAUUGAAGAAGCUCACGGUCGGCUUCAAGUUCAAUAAGCUACGCUCUUCGGUAGAAGAGGUCGUCUACAACAACCGUUUCGGCAACCCCCCUGACUAUACCUCUCUUCGAAGCCCCUCCAGCGUUGGCAUCGACAUGUCACCCGGUGGACCAGUCGAGAUGGAUGCAGUUCCCGCCAUUUCAGAAUUACCCGGUGACGAAGUCGAUCUAUCGCGGAUACCAAAGAACGACGAAAAGUCUGACACGGACCGACCAGUCAUCGAGCUCGACUCGACUGAAAUCGGUGCAAAAGACAAUCUUCGUCCCAUCAGCUCAAACUUGUCUGGGACAACCGCCAGCACCGGGCCUUCGCUAGCCAACAAACUCGUCGAGCUGCAUGUACAGCCACCAGAGCUCGAAGGCAGUGCGCCUGGUAACGAGAGCGGACACCAGUUGGAGGUUCCGCCAUUGGCAACUAGGAGUAAGUCCGACUCGUCAGGAUCUCGAUGGUCGAAUAAGUUAUCUUCGUGGAAACUGAGUCGGAAGUCGAAGACGUUGAAGCAAUAA